UUUUUUUCUUUUUGUUUUUACAAAAGAAAAAAUAACAGCACAAGUAAAACUGAGAAACGAGGAGAGAGACAGCACGAUUGUAACGACUUCAUUUAAACCAAACCUCUGCUUGAUUUAAUCAGCUAUGAAACUACACGCUCAUCCGCCUAUUAUGUCUAUUUUUCGUUUUGUUUCUUCGUAAAAAAAAAAAAAUCUUUCCUUUGAAGGAAAACCAAAACGCCGGACCCAAGCCGCGCUGACCUAGCCGGAAUGAACUCGGAUUAAGCGUUCGGGACGGAGAACACGAUCUGAAUUUUUGUUUUUAUUGAAUCUUUUUUUUUUUCCUGGUGCUUUUUUAGGUACUAUUCGCCCUUUAAUGCAUCGCCUCGGCUGCAGAGGCCCGCAUUUGGGAGAAGCGCCGCUGCUAGCGUGAGGGAUGCCCGGUUCAGACAGACAACAUGGGUCGACCAGGAGGAAGCCGGAUCCCAGCGCCAGCGUCUCACUGCCGCCCGGCAGCAACAGCGGGGCCUUCCAGCACCUGCUCCCGCCGCACUCCAGCGCCCAGGCGGGCUGCGUGACGGGGAAGGACGGGAAGCUCAUCGCGUCGUCUUCCUCCUCCUCCUCCUCCUCCAAGCGCCGGCGGCACAAGUCCUCCAAGCACGGCCGCGAGUCCUCCUCCUCCUCCUCCUCGGCGCUGGGCCAGGGCCAGGGCCCGGCCGCUGCGUUCGCCACCCUGGGCCCGGCGGCGGCGGCUGCGGCGCCUCCAGCCGUGAGCGCCAUCAAGCCGCUGGUGGAGUAUGACGACAUCAGCUCCGACUCCGACACCUUCUCGGACCCGCCGGCGGCGAGGUCGGCGGUGGACCGGCGAGGCGGGGAGCGCCUGGACGGCGGCUCGGACUACGGUAAAGGGGGCGGGGGCAGCGGCGGGGUGUCCGGGGAGAGCCGGGGCCACAAGCACCGGCACCCCCGCAAGAAGUCCAAGGACCCUCACAAAGUGAAGGACUCGGGUGGUGGGGGGGGUGGAGGAGGAGGAGGAGGGGGGAGCUCGAAGAAGAAGAGCAGCCGGGACAGAGAGAAAGGGACGUCGGGGAAGAGCGGGAAGGAGAAGACAUCUGCCUCCGCCUCGGCCCCCUUCAGCCCCGGCUCCACCAGGCUGGGUCUGCUGGAGGGGGAGGUGGGGGCCAAGCUGGCGUCGUCGCUGCCCUCCUCCGCGGCCCAGGCCCUGCUGGGGACCGGGACCAGCACCGCCUCCUCCUCCUCUUCCUCGCGGAGCAAGGACGGGGGCGGCGGCGGCGGCAGGUCGGGCAAGUCCCGCAAGGAGAAGCUACAGCGCCGCGGGGAGCGGGGGGAGUCCCGCGGCUCGUCCCAGAAGGACCGCCGCAAGUCCUCCAAGAGCUACAAGGCCAGCCCCAAGGGCAAGCCCUCGUCCCGGGGCGGCGCCGGCGGCGGGAGGAAGCAGGCGGCCGCCCCGCAGUCCCCCAGCCCCAAGCGGGGGGCCAACGACAGCCCCCCCGGCGGGGGGUACGGCCCGGACGGCGGAGAGGACGCCUACCACCACCAUCACCACCACCACCGGCGGCGGGCCCCCCCGCCGCAGAGCCCCAGCCCCUACCGGGACUCGGGGCGCCGCAGCCGGCAGCGCUCCGACAGCCCCUACGGCAGCCGCCACCGCUCCUCCAGCUACGAGCGGGACAGCAGCCCCUACCCCAGCAGGAGGCGCUCUUCCGUCAGCCCCUACGGCAACCGCCGCUCCUCCAGCGCCAGCCCGGUGUCACGGCGCUCGGCUCGUUCCAGGAGCCGCUCCCCGGUCCCCUUCUCCUCCUCCUCCUCGCGGCGCUCUUCCUCCCGCUCGCGCAGCAAGAAGCGCUCGUCCGGAGCCCACAGCAGCCGGCCGCCCAGCCUGUCCCCCUCCUCGUCCCGCUACCCGCUCAACUCCAGCCUGGGGGCCGAGCUGAGCCGGCGCAAGAAGGAGCGGCAGGCCGCCGCCAGGGCUGCUCGGACGAUGGCGUGCAGCAGCCCGAGGGACAGCGCCUCCGCCUGCGGCGAGCUGACGUUUUGCUGUCCGCGCUAUGGCGAGAGGAAGCAGACACAGAGCGACUGGGGGAAGCGCUGCGUGGACAAGUUUGACAUUAUCGGCAUCAUCGGAGAGGGCACCUAUGGACAGGUGUACAAGGCCAAGGACAAGGACACGGGCGAGCUGGUGGCCCUGAAGAAGGUGCGCCUGGACAACGAGAAGGAGGGCUUCCCCAUCACGGCCAUCCGGGAGAUCAAGAUCCUGCGGCAGCUGAACCACCGCAGCGUGGUCAACAUGAAGGAGAUCGUCACCGACAAGCAGGACGCCGUGGAUUUCAAGAAGGACAAAGGUGCAUUCUACCUGGUGUUUGAGUACAUGGACCAUGACCUGAUGGGGCUGCUGGAGUCGGGGCUGGUGCAGUUCUCUCAGGAUCACAUCAAGAGCUUCAUGAGGCAGUUGAUGGAGGGCCUGGACUACUGCCACAAGAAGAACUUCCUGCACAGGGACAUCAAGUGCUCCAAUAUCCUGCUAAACAACAGUGGGCAGAUCAAGCUGGCAGACUUUGGCCUGGCACGGCUCUACAACUCGGAGGAGAGUCGGCCGUAUACCAACAAGGUGAUCACGCUGUGGUACCGCCCCCCCGAGCUGCUGCUGGGCGAGGAACGCUACACUCCAGCCAUCGACGUCUGGAGCUGCGGUUGUAUCCUGGGUGAGCUGUUUACUAAGAAGCCCAUAUUCCAGGCCAAUCAGGAGCUGGCCCAACUGGAGCUCAUUAGCCGGCUGUGUGGCAGCCCCUGCCCAGCCGUGUGGCCCGACGUCAUCAAGCUCCCCUACUUCAACACCAUGAAGCCCAAGAAGCAGUACCGCAGGCGCGUGCGCGAGGAGUUCGCCUUUCUCCCCAGUGCGGCUCUGGACCUGCUGGAGCGCAUGCUGACCCUUGACCCCGCGCGGCGCUGCACGGCGGAGCAGGCCCUGCAGAGCGAGUUCCUGCAUGACGUGGACCCCAGCAAGAUGGCCCCGCCCGACAUGUCAGCUUUAACCAAGUCCUGUGCACUGCAGGCAUGCCUGGUGUGGGUAUUGACCCCUCAUGUGCUGUCAUGUGUAGGUCUGGGUGAGGCCACGGAGCAGCUCAACCAAAACGAGAUGGCCGUGCUGCUCAACCUGCUGCAGAGACAGACAGACUUCAGCCUUCCCCAGAUGGCACAGCUGCUCAACGUUCCUUCCAAUCCUGAAACACAGCAGCAGCUGGAGACCCUCACCCAAUCCCUGUCGGCGCUGACUGAGGCCUCCAAUCAGCAGCGCGAGCACCACAAACAGCUGCAGAAGCAGCGGGACGAGGAGGAGGAAGAGGAGGAGGAGGAGGAGGCGGCGCCGGAGCAGGUGGAGGAGCCUGCCGCCAGCGCUGAGCCAGUGGCGAAGCACGGAGAGCCCCCAGAGCCGGCCCCGUUGGCUGAUCUGCCUGUCAGUCAAGAGGACCUGCCCAAUCUGCUGGCUCUGCUGCUGGGGCAGCUCAUCAAACCCCAGGAAGGGGCGGAGCAAGGGGACGAGAGCAACGGUGUCCAAUCAGAGGAGCCGGUUAGACACAACGCCAACGCCAACGACUGCAAGGCUGGUGCACCUGGCCGGCGAAAGGCUGCGAUUACGAGCCAAGGAUCACUCCCCCAGGAGAAAAGGCCACCUUCCCCCCCUGGCCCUCCUCCUGGACUUCCGGCAGCCACCAGCCAGAAUGAAGGUGACCCAGAGUUCCCUGCGCCCCAGGACAUCAACCCAGCUGUAGCGGCUGCUCUCCUGCAGCUCAUCUCUCAGCAGGAGGUGGAGUCUGGUCCAAGACAGCCAGACUCGGGACAUGAGAAGGCGGGGCCAAAAGUGGACCUAAGAGAGGAGGAGCCACUCUGGAGGGCGGAUGUACAGCACAACAGGAAAGCAGAGCCGUCUCAGAAGGGGGUGGAGCCUCCGCACGGUGCAGUGUGGUCCUCCGGCCAGCAGAAGGCAGCAGCGGCAGUGGGGCUUGCUUCCCGGACUCAGUCGGCAGAUUCUCCCCAGUCCCCUGCCAGCCGUCCGCGGGCGGGGUCCCUGUCCCUCCCACCCAGCGCUGCCUCCACAGAGUUCCCCGGGGACCAGGACUUGCGGUUUGCACGCGGCGCUCCUGCUGAGCCAGGAGCCCCUGGGUUCCAGGGCACUUCAGGCUGGAGCCACGGCAACAAGGGUUACCGCGGGAACGUGCGGCCGCCUCAGGCUCAGGCCCAGGCCCAGCCACCUGGCAGCAGCAGCAGCAGCAAGGGAAAGGGAGUCCCUUACUGACCCUACCUAGACCACUCACUAUGGGAACAGGGCCCUGCGUCUGGGGGCCUCGCUUGAGUAGAGAGCAGAGGGAUUCGGUGAUCCCAGGUUAGUAUGGGCCAGCCUUGCUGACCUCUAGCAGUGAGGGCCACAACAUGCACAGCGUGGAGUCUCAGAACACCCCCUCCUGCUGUGAGCACAGCCCUUGGGCGCUCAGACUCCCUAGGAGUAGGAGAUACGGUAGUGAGUUUUCUUGAAAGUCAUUUUACAGAGCUGGAAUGAAGAGGGGGGGGUGUGCAGGGGUUGUUAACGCAAGCAUGCGGCUGCCUCUGUCUCUGACCUCCUUGGUGAGUGGCCUCAGCUCACCCAGCCUGACCCCAUACGAGCCCGCUUGCGUCCAUGAAGAGCCCUCCUGUCAGGCGACACCUGCCCGCUACAGAAGCACUGUGCCGCCCCCACCCCCCAGCCCCGAGAGGCUGGUCCGUCUCCAGCGCCCGCAGCCUGCUUGUCCAUCUGCACCUCGCUGGGGCGCGCCUGGCCUCUCCCCACGAGUUGGGCUUUGAAGGGCACGGGAGUGGUCUGUGGGGCGGUGUCGAGGGCGCCGCAGGAAAGGGCAAAUUCAGUUUGCAGGUUUCGUUUCACGAGAGCAAAUCAAGUUGAAGACGUUGUCGAGUUUGGGGUGCUGAAUGUUUCUUGAGUUUCAUGCUGUAUCACACGUCUUUUUUUCUGUUUUCCUCCUGGGAGGCACUGGCCUACGAUGGAAGGGGGGAUCUUUAUGUUGGUCAUGGUUUCUCAGCCUGAAUGGACCCACAUGGAUUGAACAAGGCACGAAUGAGGACUGGGUUUUAGGGGGCUGCUGCGGGCCACAGGACAAGGGGGGGGGUGUUUGUCUUUGACACCUAUGACCCAGACUUGACCGCAGAACCCAAGUGCUGUUUUGGCCUCAUGACUCUAGAGUGACAUUUCUUGCAAAAUGAGGAGAGUUUAUUGAGAUUUGUUUUUUUACAUUUUCUUAUUUUUUAGUAGAAGUUUUUUUUUCGUUUCUUUUUGACCACUACAGCGCAGGGGGGGGAAUUGAUUAGGAAGGUGCUGUUUAGUUAAAAAAAACUGAGGGCUGACAAUGUUGCUGCUGUUUAUUGUAAUAAUACAGUUCCCUGGUUUUUCCUGCACAGGACUGCAGGCCUGCUGGGCACCUCAUUCCUGUGGCACUGACUUCCUGUACUUCCUGUCUUUCCGUGCCCAGGGCCACCUGUACCUGUCUAGACCUGCCCCUCAGUGUGAAGUUUGCGCCUUGCCCUUUCAAACCCAGCAGUUCUCCUCCCAUUAAGUACAGUUCAUCCGUGACCGACCGACGCUUCUUCUGUAAGCAUGAUCCCCACGUUCACAUUCUCACGCUGCCUG